GACCAGCCGCCGUGUCGUCGCCGCCGACGACCCAAUCCCCUCCCCCAAACUCCCCCGCCGUCCCGCCCCGCCGCGUCGCCGCCGCCGCCACCUCCGUCCCGCCCUCCCUCCUCGGGGCAUCGCGCGGCGCGCUCCUGCGGUUCCCACCCCGUCCGCGGUCUCUGGCCGCCGAGUCUCGAGGUACGAGCUAGGUCGUCUCCGUCCGGCGAUCCUCCUGCUCAAUUCCCUUCCCGGAUGUGCGCAGUCUAGGUCCCCAUGCUCCUGUGGCGCCGCAAAUGCGUCGCCGAGUGCCGCAGGCACGCCCGGGCCCCUCCCGCGGGGCAGCCAUCCCCAUCCCAUCGCCGCCGCCGCCGCCUCUCCGUGCUCGCCGCCUGGGCGCACCACCUGGACGACGACGCCACCUCGAGCGGCGAGGAGAGGCCCAGCUGUGCUCCCCCCGGCGAGGUUUUCCGGAGAAGGGACUGCGCUCCCGGUGAGAUUACCAGGAGAAGGAGCUUCGCUCCGAGCCUGAGCUCCGCCGGCGUCGUCAGGACUCUUCAGCGCCUGGAGAGGAAGCCUGCCAUCGCGUUUGCCUACUUCAAGGACACCGAGAGCAUCGGCUUUCGCCAUGACCUCGCUACCUACACGGAGAUCAUCCGCGUUCUGUCACAUAAGGGCCAGGGGAGAAUGCUGUUUUCUUUGUUCCGUGAGAUCCUCUUGCAGGCUGAUGGCGGCGGCGGCGGCCCUGAGAUCGUGCCGCUCAUGGAUCAGCUCAGAAGGACGUGCACUACUUCGUAUGCUCUCUUGUUUGCGACUAAUUCCUUGAUCACGACAUGCACCUCUUGUUGCAGUGCACCGGACACAAUAGGGCUGUUUGGUGACCUCUUUAGGCUUGGAAUUGUCCCGUCAGUUUUGACUUGCAACAUACUUCUCAAAUUUGCAGCUGAGAGCGGUGACUCGGAGAUUGUUGUAUCAGCUUAUGAUCAAAUUAAGCUCUUUGGAUUGACUUUGGAUGCUCACUCGUUAGGCCUUAUCACCAGGUCUCUCUUUCGAGAAAAGAAGGCAGACAAAGCAUUCCAAGUGUGGGCUGAGAUGAUUGAAAUGGGGGUGAAACCAGAUAUAAAUGCAUACUCAUCAUUUAUAGCCGGUCUGUGUGAUUGCGGAAAGAUUGAUUUGGCUUAUGCUAUUCUGCAAGAGAUCAGCAGGGAGGGGGUUCAAGUUGAGCCCAUGGCUUAUAACAUGGUAAUGGAUGGGCUCUCCAAGGAAAUGAGACUGCAGGAGGUUGAAAUGCUCUUGGAGGACAAGACGAGACAAGGCUUCACCCCAGAUAUAUAUGGUUAUAGCUAUCUCAUUCGGAGUUACGGCAAAGCGGGCAACUUACUCAAGGUGUUGGAUCAUUAUGAAGCCAUGGUAUCCCAUGGUUUCGAAACAAAUUGCCACAUUGCAAGUUAUCUUCUACAAUGCUUUACGAAGUUAGGCAUGACAUCUGAGGUUACAGAGCAUUUCCAGAAACUGCGAGAUUCGGGACUCAACGUAGAUGGGGUUCUGUAUAACAUUGCCAUUUAUGCUUACUGCAAGCUUGGUAACAUGGAUGAGGCGGUUAAGCUACUGAGAGAAAUGAAGGCUGAGGGUCUGACACCUGACAGAAUUCACUAUACAUGCGUGAUCAAGGGUUAUUGUUUGAAGGGAGAUGUACCAAAUGCACGUCAAGCAUUUGAAGUGAUGCUGAAGGCAAAUGUAAAGCCAGAUGUAGUUACAUAUAACAUAUUGGCCAGUGGAUUCUGCAAGAAUGGUCUUGUUACGGAGGUGUUUCACCUUCUAGACCAUAUGGCGGAUCAAGGGUUAGAGCCUAAUUCACUCACUUAUGGUAUAAUAAUUGAUGGGUUUUGCAGAAGUGACAACCUUAGUGAAGCUGAGGUGUUAUUUAAUAUAGUAGAAGAGAAAGGAAUCGAUCACAUUGAAGUAUUGUACAGUUCAAUGGUUUGUGGCUAUUUGCAUUCAGGCUGGACUGAUCAUGCUUACAUGCUUUUUCUUAGGGUUGCUAAGCAAGGAAAAUUUGUGGAUCAUUUCUCAUGUUCAAAGUUGAUGAAUGACCUUUGUAGGGAUGGAAAUGCCCAGGGAGCUUCAACAGUUUGCAGCAUGAUGUUAGAAAAUAAUGUUAUUCCUGAUGUAAUUUCAUAUAGCAAACUCAUAUCAGCCUAUUGUCAGACAGGAGAUAUGCACAAUGCUUGCUUAUGGUUUCAUGAUAUGGUUCAGCGAGGACUUUCUGUUGAUGUUAUUGUAUACACUGUACUAAUGAAUGGUUACUGCAAGGUUGGCCAGAUGGAAGAAGCUUGCAAAUUGUUUGAUCAGAUGAUAAACUUAGGUAUUAAGCCUGAUGUAAUUGCAUAUACCGUGCUACUGGAUGGUCACCUAAAAGAGUACCUGCAGCGGUGCUGGCAGGGCGUUAGUAAGGAGAGAAGGAUCUAUCUUCUUAGAGCAAAGCAGAACAUGUUGCUCAGCUCUAUGAAAAAAAUGGAAAUUGAACCUGAUGUACCCUUUUACACCGUAUUGAUAGAUGGGCAGUGCAAAGCCGAUUUUUUGGAGGAAGCCCGGGGACGAUUUGAUGAAUUGUUGCAGAAAGGGCUCACUCCUGAUCAAUAUGUAUACACAGCUCUUAUAAGUGGAUAUUGCAGCCAGGGAGAAAUAGAGAAGGCACAAGAUCUUUUUGAAGAAAUGGUAGACAGGGGAAUAAAACCAGAUGUACUGACCUUUUCUGUAUUAAAUCAGAAAACCUUGAGGGAAAGGCAGUAUCAGUGACAUGUAUGAUUUCGCUGCAGUUAUAUCCAUUGAAAUCACGUCAGCAAGGUAAUAUUUUAUAAGUCACAAAUUUGCUCGAAGCCUGGAUCUAAGAUUUUUUAUAUUGCUUCCACUUGAAUAUGUGAUGAGAAUAUGAUUAUGAUAUCCAUUCAUGUGCUUAGUGCUUAAUGUUUUGAUGUGUAAUGCUCUUAACAUGCAUUAUGUUUAUGCAAGCUCAUGAGAAUUUAGGUGCCUUACAGUAUACAUGUCGAAGUGAAAUGCAUAAUUUUCAGAAGCAUACUUGUUUAAAUAGCGUCCCAAGAUAUGCCAUACGGAAGAUGCUGGUGAAGUAUAGAAUCUAGUAUUUGUUAGAAAGUGAAUGACAAACUUCACCACAUGGGAGAGCAUAAUGCAUGACUUCGUAAGUGUAUGAAGCGGCUUGUGUAUAUAAACACAUAAAUGUAUCAGGGAAAUUUGGCAUCCGUGUGCACAACGUUUUUCCCUUGGUAAUAUUGAAAUGGAAACCAAAUUGUUCAAUAGAUAGCCAUUGUUAUCUACAGUAAGCUAAUUGCAGUGAUCAAAGUAUCAUUGCUUAUAAAUCCAGAUGUUUAAGGCCUUCCUUACCAUGUGCUCUGUUGCGUCAAACUGGAGUUUGUUGUAUUGAACUUCAUGCUUGUAUGUAAAUCCCUGCCUCUAAGCUAAUUUGACUUAUACUUUAAAUCCUCGCCGUAGUCCCAGUUCAUUCACUGUUAACCUGGUGUUUCUAGUUGGGGAUGUUUACAAAGGUCACCAAAUCGAAUUAUUUCUGCUGAAAAGAUGGAAAGUUCUUCCCUGUUUGGUUCCAUUUGCAUGUCAAGGACUGAGUGUUUCGAUUGCUGGUAAAGCAAGCCGUAGAGCUUGUGGACGCUCCGGAAGUUAUGGAUGCGGCUGACCAGAAGCAUUCCUUGUGGAGGCUCCAGAAGUCGGAGGCUCCGGAAGUCCUGGUGCAACGUAGAACUACAGUUUGGCUGCAAAACUACAAGAGACAGAUCGGUCAUAAUGUGGCCAAGUUCAAAUUUGCUCUCCACACACCUACUUCUGUGUUGGGCCUUGCAAUUGGCCCAUAUAUAAGCUGCAGAGGGAAGGAUGCUACUGGUGAGGAAGUAAUCAAGCCUUAUACUCCGACUACACUGGAUUCUGAUAUUGGAUACUUUGAGUUUGUUAUAAAGGUUACUUAUCAUAAACUUGUUCCAACCUCACUGCAUGUCUCUUAUCGUUGAUUCUGAUGGUAAGAAGACUAUGUGAAUAAUUAGCUUCAUUGUACACCAUAUUAUUAAUUCACUUCUGAAGGUAUGCUGCAGCCAAAUAGUUCUUUCAGAACAUGACCAACCAUCCACACUUAUGAGCUGUUAUAUCGUGUUAACUGCUGUGUUAUGAUUGGACCAACCAAAUUCGGUUGCCAUGAAAAGCAAUGCACAGAUUUUAAAUACUACUCCAUCUACUACCGUAUAAACGGUUCAUAGAAUUGUCCAUUGGAUGGCACAGUAUGUACAAUUUUUAGCUAGCAGCUGUCAAUGUUGCCUUAUCCAACAUCAGUAUGUUAGCCUGUUAUAUAGUAAAAUUUGCAUGUGACUGAAAUUUUCAAGUGAGCUCCUCCUGUUCUUAUCAUCAUUAGGCUAAUUAAUUAAAAGCUAGAACAGUAAUAAUAUGAUUAUUGCUUUGUUGCAUGUCCAUUGCCAAAUGCUAACUAUGGUUCUGUGCAUGUAUUUUAUUUUCAUCAGGAGGUUUCUAACUAGUGGAACCUAUAGCACUAUUAAUAUCAGUAGUCUGCUUAAGGAUUGACCAGACAUUUAUGAGUAAUUAUUGAUUAGCAAAUUUCCUUUGAAUAUUCAAACUGCCAUAAAAUCUCCUUCAUUACUUGGUAAUGACUAUUAUCCUUCUUCCUUGCACUUGGCAAUAUAUGUGUCUUCUAAUAGACAUUUCAAUCCUUGUCACAAAAGAUAUCUUUUUGCCCCUUAGAUUAUAUAACAUCUUAAGCUUUUCCAUUGAUUUAUUAGUCUUACUUUGCUUGUUGGCGUUACUGCUGGAGAUGAUGAAGCCGGAAAUGAGGACAUACAUGAUCAUUUCGUGCGGUGUCUUGUGAAGUCGACCUGUAGUCCAGUGUCUCUUGGAAUUGUUUCUGUUACUAUGCUUGGACCUGUCAGUGUAUCAGUACCUUGUGGAUUAAUGAUUUUGAUUUAUGUCUCAGCGACUCGGCGCUCCACUGCAUCUUAUCUGUAUGCACUUGAGAUCUUUGGCUUACAUUUUCUUGUGCAUCUUUUCGAUAUACUUUGCAUAAUUCAGCUUUGGAUUUCUGCUGCCAAUAUUCUAGUGUUUGCCUUGGAAUAGGUUAUGACUUUUCAAUGUUGUUGCUGCAACUGCAAGACUAUCUGUAGAAAUUAUUUGCUGGGAGUUUGCACAUUUAUUCAGUAUUGUAUACAAAUGAUAUCCUUGUGAAGUCCAUGUUAUGUGGCUCUGAGCCGGGCGCCGACCCAUGAUGCAUA